AUGUCUACCUAUACUUCUGGUACGUUUUCAUUAAAUUCAGAUUAUCGUCGAUCUUCUCACAUUCUUUUUAAACGUACAAUUCAAGCUAUACAUUUCCUGCAGCAAAAGUCACUACCAUGCAGCAAAAUGUCAACGCACGUAUUUAGACCUUACAGAUUAUCGUACAUUCCUCGGGAUGUUUUUGUAACGAUUUCAUUCUAUCAAUAUGAGUGGACUGAGCCUUUAAUAGCAUUCAAUGAUCGAUUGCUCUUCGUUUUCCUCGUCGUACUCAUCAUACAAUCAUUGGAUUUUCUAGCAAAGUUAUUUUAUUUACUGUAA